AUGAAAGGUUAUCAGAGAGAAGAAAAAGAUCUCUUGGAAGGCAGCUGUUCCCGUAAGAAAUGCACUGAAUUUCUUUCCAGUAGGAGUGUUCAGCGACAAUGACUAGCAGGACAGAAGAGAACGGACGGGACGGGGCGGUUCAGUGGAAGAUGGGGGAGAGUGCAGCGCUCUCCCUUCUCUUCCACCCCUCCUCCUUAGGGUCCAAAGAUUUGGUGCGCGGAUCCAAAAAGUCCCCGGCCGCUGAUUGGCCGCUCAUUUCGGUUUCGGCCGCGGCCAAAUCUUCCAGCCCCCGAGGGCCUCAAUUUGAAUCUCAUAAAAUACCGAGGAAUGUGCGGCGAGUAAUCACCCAACCCAUCGUCUUACUUUUCUCGGGGUUCGUGUUCGAAAUUGGCGUGCAAAUCACCUAA